CUCACCGGUGUGAAAAAAACCACGCACAUCCCUCCCCAAUCCCUCGUCUUCCCUUCUCCACCCGCAGUCGUAGCCGCCGCCGCCUGCCCGUAGCCCUCCUCCCCUUCCGCCGCUCCGGUGCCUUGCUCCCCGGCAAUUCUCGACCGUCCUGACGCAGGCUGGUUCUCCAGCUCCUCCUCCGUGUCAUCCACGGCUGGAUCGUAAACACAUGUCCAUCUGCAGCCUCCCUCCACUCCGAGCCGCGGCACGCCCCUGGAUUCUGUCCACUUCCUGUCUAAGAUGACAAGGAGCACGUCGACUCCCUCGACCCGGGAAUCCCCGUCCCCAUCGACGGCGGUGUCAGGCCCAUCCCAAGGCGCCACCCGCUCGUCGUGGACAUGCCCGAGCCCGCCAAGAAGUCCGCCGCGCCACGGAGGGGCUCCUGGGGGCCCGAGAACCAUAAUGGCGCCGGCGGUGCUGGGGUGUUCGCGUCACCCAAGGUGGUCAGGCCUAUUGCGCUGAACUUUGAGGAGAGGACGCCCGUCAAGGAGUGGCCCUCGCCGGCCCGCAGCUCGGCGUCGCUUAGGAAGAGCACCACCGUCAUGCCCAGGCUGGUGACACGAAGGCGGAUCUUAGUCGCCAACAGGGGCGACCCUCUUCCUCCUCGGAACAAGAUCCCAACAGCGUGUUCCCACCUCCCACCAGGUCAGGUCGAAGAUGACAAUCUGAUAGUGUUCACUACAGUUUGCUGAUGGUGCCUUAGGUAGCUUAGCGGGAAUAUGUCCUUUUGUUUAAUAUACACGCUGCUCUUAAUUGAUCCAUUGUAUAGACAACUGUGAAUACUGGAAACUAAAGAGCUAGAUGAAUAUUGACAGUUGUGAUUGCUUGGUCUAUGUAUACGUGUCUUUUAUAAAAUUCAUAGAUGAAGAAUUGGUAAGUCUGCAUUGUAUAUUCUGCUUUUUAUUCUUAAUUAAUCCCUUGUAUAAUUUCAUAGGUGGGAUGUACAGCCUGGUUUAGUUCUUGCUUUCUUUACCAUCUGUGCUUUUUAUUCUUGCUACGUUUGUUUUAUUAUGUUCUGUACAAUGCUUCUUACAAGUUAAUGCAAUUAUUGUGAUUCGGUGGUGCUGCAACAUGUAGACAAGAUGGAGCUAUUUACACGUUUGAAUUUCUUGCCAUAUGAUGGUAAUUUCUGAUUGUAUAAAUGUCAGGAAAAAACUAAUUACUGCAUCGUUCUCUGCUAGCAAAAUAAUAAGAGGUAAGUACUUUGGAGAGCAACAUCAUGGAGGAUCAUGGUAAGAGUUGCCCUGAUCUAUAGUAUAUUCAGAUUCUUUAGUUUCUCUAAAUUUCCAAAUUUUGUGGUAGGGGAUAUGGGGCACCUGAAUACUGAUCCUGGGCGUAGUUUCCAUCAAGACAAAAUUAAUAAGAUGGGCUAUUUGUGGUAAUUCAGGUGACCAUUCUUCCCUUACUUCUAUUUCUCAGGUACCCUGAUCAUCCAUUUGACUGAAUAGGGAAUCUGAUUGGUCUAUGGGAGAAAAGUAAACUGCAAAUCCUUAUCAACCAUAGUUGUUCUCACUGAAAAGUAAUUUCAGUUAUUGUAGAAUACAGUCUGGUAUGCAUCACUGUCAAUUGUUGCCGAGUUCCCUGUGAUUUGCUUCAAUUGUCUUCUUUACUGUAUUUGUGAUGUUGCUUCAUCCGUCAUUAUUUACCUAUUGGUUAGCUCUGAAUCACUACAGUCUACCCAUGUACAUAUCGUAUUACCCUACUUCUCACUCAUUUUUUCUAAUGCCCAAUUGAUUCUGCCUCUUCAUGCUACUAAUAGGAUACCCUCCUAUAGUCGCGUUGUUGUUGUCUGAGGCGGCACUGCACCUCAUGAAAAUCCUUUUGGCUCCAUCAUUGGAAGCUGCACAUUGAUAUCUUUCUCUCCUUUCU